ACUGGGCGGGACUGCGCACGCGCGAGGCCAUCUCCCGGAAGCGGCGAGCGACGGGCAGCGCCGAGGGCCAGAAAGGCGGCGGGUGUGCUGUGCUGCGGGUCGCCAUGGAGGACGAUGCGCCGGUGAUUUACGGGCUGGAGUUCCAGGCACGAGCUUUAACACCUCAAACAGCAGAAACAGAUGCAAUAAGAUUCUUGAUUGGAACGCAAUCUCUUAGAUAUGAUAAUCAGAUUCACAUCAUAGAUUUCGAUGAUGAAAAUAACAUUAUAAACAAAAACGUUCUCCUUCAUCAAGUAGGUGAAAUUUGGCACAUUAGUACCAGCCCUGCAGAUAAAGGUGUACUAGCAACCUGCUACAAUAAAACUUCAGACGGUAAAGUCAUGACAUGUGCUGCUGUUUGGAGGAUGCCGAAGGAAUUGGAAUCAGGCAGUCAUGAAUCCCCUGAUGAUUCAUCAAGCAACACUCAAACCCUGGAGCUACUCUGUCACCUUGACAACACAGCCCAUGGCAAUAUGGCCUGCGUUAUGUGGGAACCAAUGGGAGAUGGUAAAAAGAUUAUUUCACUGGCUGAUAAUAACAUAUUAUUGUGGGAUUUGCAGGAAAGUUCAGCUGAAGCUGUGCUCUCUAGUUCUGCAGCCUUGGAAGGGAAAGGACAAUUAAAAUUUACUUCUGGAAGAUGGAGUCCACACCACAAUUGUACACAGAUUGCAACAGCCAAUGACACCACUGUUCGAGGAUGGGAUACACGAACCAUGAGACAGAUAUAUUGCAUAGAAAAUGCACACGGACAGCUGGUACGAGACCUGGACUUUAAUCCCAAUAAACAGUACUACCUGGCUAGCUGUGGAGAUGACUGCAAGGUGAAAUUCUGGGACACAAGAAAUGUCAUGGAACCAGUGAAGACACUAGAGGAGCAUUCCCACUGGGUCUGGAAUGUCAGAUACAAUCAUUCUCAUGAUCAGCUGAUCCUUACAGGAAGCAGUGAUAGCAGAGUUAUUCUGUCCAAUAUGGUAUCAAUUUCUUCCGAACCAUUUGGUCAUAUGGUAGAUGAUGAUGAACUAAGUGACCAAGAGGACCAGCAUCAGGAAGAGAAGAUUUUUGUAUACAGGCCUUUCAGGGUUAAAGAGCCCCUUCAGGACAGUGUAAUAGCUACCUAUGAAGAACAUGAAGAUAGCGUAUAUGCAGUUGAAUGGUCCUCAGCAGACCCGUGGCUGUUUGCCUCUUUAAGUUACGAUGGGAGACUUGUGAUUAACAGGGUUCCCAGAGCUCUUAAAUAUCAUAUACUGUUAUAAUUUGUUUGGAUUCUGGUGGAGUUCUUAUCUUGAUGUACAUAAAUGGAGGGUGCAGUUUUGAAUUGGGAGCUUCAUCUCAAGGAUUCCUAUCACAGGAAAGACAUUGUGGAACCUGGAAAAAGAGCAACGUAAUUUUGCUGCCAGGCCUGUAGGACAGAUUUAUGAGCUGGCUUAAGACCCAUCAGAACUGGAGAGUAAGUACCUUGAGCUCUUCUGGUAUUGCCCCUGACAGAGGCUGAGUCACUUCUUGUUUAUUCAUUGUGGGAUAAUAUCUGCUGGGAACAAUAAUGAGAGUUUACUAUUUAGCGUUUGAAAAAUCCUUUAUUGUUCAGUUGGCUGGACGUUGUUCUUUACACUCGUUUUUAGCAAAUUAUUUUCGGAUGACAAGUGUUAUGAAUAUUUCACUUCUGGAUUUUAUGAAUUCUUCUGAGUGGCAAUGAACAUCAAUUCCGUCCUUACAAUGAAGGGGGUGCCCAUGCUUACCUGAAGAGUGUAACUUGAAACUUCUAAAAAAGAAAUUUGUCCCUACAAGUUUAUAAUUUGUCUGCUUCACUUUUCCACAUAGCCAAAACAACCAAACAAAAAAGGCGUUUUGAGUGGAAUGUCCUAGAAAGAGUACUGAAUGUAAAGGGCAUUGUAAAACAGGAAGGUGAGCAGGUUACAGUGUUGUAAUGACUGGAUGAAGUCGGUAGAGAAUGGAGAAUCACAGCAAGCAGAGCUACGGAGCAAGCAUGUUGCAGACAAAUAUCUUCCUGUUGUCACGAAUAAGAUAUUUGUAAUGAUGUGAGAGCUGCAAGCAGGGGAGUGUGUGUGGGAACGGCAGUGGCUUCUGUUUGUCUGUGCGCUAGUCAGUUUGGGUGUCUUCUGAAAUGUUCAAAGAGACUCUGCAAGAACAAUACGGACAAAAAGGUAACAGGCUACUGGGUCUAGCACUGGCACGUUCUCCAUACCUGGUAAGACGCCUGAAGUGAACUUUGCUGGCCAGGAAGGUGUCAGUAGAAUAGGGAAGGGUUGUUCUCUCUGCUUGCUUGAUCCUCUGUUUUAAAGUUGCCAUUUUCUAGCUCCAUUUAUCCCAUUUUGGUGUCUUUCCCUAUUGAAUCCGUGAGCUGCUGAUGUUUCCCACAGCAACAGUAUUACCUCUCUCUGCAGUUUUAUGUUUAUUGCGUGUGGCUUUUCCCCAUAGAGUUUCAUCCAGCCUUUUCUCACAACUCAUCUGCUUUCUCAGGAGUCAUAAGCAAAGCCAGGCAGCAUGCCAUGGGUGACACAGGGUUGCUGAGAGAGCAGCUUUCCCAAGAGUCCUAAUCUGUGUAAGACAAAAGCAGACAGGUUUAUUCUAUGGUGAGCCAGGAAUGUAUGCCACAAGACAUAUGUGUUACCCCAGAUGAUUUGUAUCAGCAUGGAUAGACCAACAAUCGUAUGACAUAACCUGUCCUGCAUAUGAACUAUUAUCUAGUCACCCAUGACUGAAGAGCAGUGGGGUAGGUCUUUUUACCGUGUGGUGAAGAACAGCCCUACACUUGCACAGGAAGAAAUAGAUCUCUUUCUGAGCUGUUAUUCUCAAAGUUCCCUCGUCUUGAAACUCGAACGUCUUUAAUUUUAUGAAAUAUCCUAAAUUUAUUUUCAUUUUUUUUAUCCUAUACUUGAUUUUAGUUGGGCAGGGGGGAGGCAGGUCAGAACAUGAGAGAACCAGUAGGAUUUGGUGGUGAAUUAUUUCUGACUGCAUAGAAAGAUUUGUGGUGCUAGUGUAAAUGGAUAUAUGCUUUAGAGCCCAUUAUGGCAAUUUGUGUGGUGAGGUAGGUCAGACUUAGGCGUGUCAGACACAUUGAGCAGCUAUAUUGAAGAAGAAUAUAGUUCACUCAGUUUUUACUGGAAAGUGAUAUUCUGAAUAAUGAUGUCCUGCUAAAGUUCAGCUACCCAAGUUUGGUGACUUUUCUGUGGGUACAUGUUAAUUCCUGGAAUUAAUUCAUUAUGGUUCUUUUGUCUCCAAUGGCAGUUCCUGUUGUCUCCAGAUAAUUUGAUACUGUCCUUACCUGCUGUAACCUAUUUCUGUAAAUUGUAUAAAUGCCUAUUUUAUGUAGUCUAAAGAAUGUUCUGUGGAGUGCAGGAUCUCUUAGUGACGUGCUCAGUAUUGUGGCAGCACUAUCCUAUCCAGGAGUAUAGUAGAAGUUAAUUUAGGAGAAAAACAUCUGCAAAGGUUUCACCUACUUCCCUUUUACACUACUCAGCAGUUAGGAAGAUGCUUCCAUGAAUAACUCUUACUGAAUCUGCUUGCUGAGGCCUCCUUGCCAUGAAGUGCACACUGUGUAAGAGAAUGGUGGGGAGAACAGUGCAAAAAAUCUGCUACUUAGUCAGGAUGUGGAUAUAAACCACAAAACGUUUUGCAAAUCAAAUUUGGAUUUGGGGCUUAGCAUAAAAUUAGGGCACAAAAUAACUACACUGUGUGCAGAAAAUGUUAAUAGAAAAAGUGCGGAUUACAGUAAUGUGUUGUGUGUGGUCUGGUGAGUAGACAACAGCAGAAGGGCAUGUGGCAGGACUGUCUCACUGGUGGUUUUGCUUCUGCUGUUGUGAAAAGCAUUUUCAAUACUUGCAUAAUUUAGAGCAUGACAUUAUGAUUUUCAAAGCUUCGAAUUGGAGUAAAGCAUUUACAUAAUCUAAUUAAAUCAUGUAAAUGUUUCAUGAUAAUAUUCAAGUAAGUGCAAAACUCGUUCUGCAGAUGCAUCCCAUUCUUAGGCCAUUGGGGAAACCCAAUUUAUGCAUACAGAUCUAUGUUUCUAACCCUGCAUGCUCUGGGAGGUCAACAGGGUACUUACUGAAUGCUCUGUUCUUAGUAUAACUUCUGAAGCCUGCUUCGCAGAGCAUCAUCUUUCCAAGAAGCUUGAAGGUAAGCUGGGACCAGAGGGAAAGGCAAAGCAGAUUUAAAAGGCUACUUGCAACCUCUUAUAAUUUGAAUGAAAGCAAUGCUACUGCAGUAUGUAAUAAAUUGCUUCAAUUUCAGUGAACAUUAAAAUAAUCCCAUGGUGACACUCGUAGCAGCAGCCCUGCCACAUGUAGUAUCAGAUCUCACAAAGCAUGCAUCGUACUUGGAUGGGAAGCUACCAGGGGAAGCCCCACAAAUCCUCCUGGUGAUUGUUGGGUUUGUUUUUGCCUCUGGCUGCACUAACUCACAAAAUAUUGGAAGCACUUGGCCAGCAUCCAUUAUGAGAGAUGCUGCUUGUAGUGAAAUUAUUUAAAUAAUAUUUUUUAUCAGCACAUUCUCACUAAGCUGUCUUCAACAGUAGCUCUUGUUGAAUGCUGUCUUUGCUAGACCAUAGCACUGCAAUAAGCAAGUGAAUUGAAUCCUAAUUUUCCAAAUGUAGCCAAGCUAACACAAAGCUAGUAUUAGUAAGAUUCUUCUAGAAAGUGCAGCACUGCUUUGCUAAAAUGAAUUCAUGUAGUUGACAGAGGUAGUUUGUUCAAGACCGGGUCCCUGUCUGUUUUAAAUAAGAUCAUUGCCAUUGAUCAGGGCUGUACUGAUUUACCCUAACUGAUGACAGAAAUGUGUGUGUAUACUCUGCCAGGUGUUCUGUGCUUUCUCAGUAAUUAUAAUUGUUAGGAAGCACGUGGAUAUUAUCUGUGCCAGGCUGCUGAUGAAGCCCAUGUGCUGUUAGAAACACAGGGCUGCCUGCACACAUGGUGUUGACCUGGUUUGUGCACACACUGUGACUGCAGUGAGCCCAGCAGCUCUGUGUUUUCUCUGAAAAUGUGGAUGUUUUAAGGGAAGCCUAGAUCUAACAUACCUCUAAAUCUGGAAUUUGUAGUAUUUACUGUCACAGUACAUUAUCAUAUCGAAAGUUUGUAAAUUCAUUUGGAGCACAGUGGUACAGAAAGCUGUGAAUAUGUGAAAGUCAUUGCUAAAGUAGCUCACAGAAAGGUGAAAUUUAUCAGUAGUGAAUUAAGUCUUUGCUAAUUAGACAUAGAAAUCUAAUUACUUUGCAAAUUUUUCAUCUAAUUUUUAAGGGAGUGAAGCUAGUGUAAAACUCAAAUGGAAGCAGAGGUGUUCAGCACACAGUGUUAACUGCCAAGGAGAACAACACGGUGACCUUAUUUGCAGCUGCACAUGUAUCAUGUGUAGGAAUGCCUGUCAUAGCCAUAAUGAUUUAACAUCAGGGCAGGCCAAUAUUUCUUGGUUCUUCCUCCGCAGUGUAGGCAGUUUCCUUUAUAGGUUGAAUGGGAAGCUGUAGGUGUUUCUGGUGAAAAAUGGUAAUGCUACAGAGGUGCCCUUUACUACAAAUUCAGCACCAUUUGCUUCAGUUCACCUCAUGAAAAAGAAUUUGCAAAGUCACAGCCUGGGGGAUGAAGUCACAGCUGGGUGAAGUUUAAGUUUUGGCAUGGUUGGAUUCUGCUUGUUUGGAUUACUCAGCUGUUAAUUGUACAAUGUUUAAGCAUAGUAGGUGACACUAGAGAAAUUUAAAGCUACUGAUUUUUUUGUUUUUUAAGGUGCUAAGACUAUUUCAUUGCAGAAAAUAAUCCUUUUAGUUUAAAGCCUGCAAUAUUUCUGUCAUAGUAGUUUACAUUUAGACACGAAAGCUUAUAGAGGUAAGUUUAACUCCAAACACUAAAACAUUUACCUUAGUACAGCUAUUCAUACUUAAUACUUGUCUUCUUACAAAAUACUUUAACUGCCACUAAAUAUCCUGUGUGAAUUGCUGUUAAUAGUUCCAUAAUAAAGUCCCUUUCAAUUACCUUUCAAUACUAUAUUGACUUUGAGCCUGAUAAAUCACCUAUUUAAACUCUACUGAAGGAUCUCAGGUAGCAGUCUUUAAAAAUGUAUGGGCCCUUACCCAUCAGUCUUUGUAAGCACCUGAUGCACAAGAAUCCAUGGUCUCUGAAUCACUUCUGAAGUCCACAGCUUCUCUGUUCAACUCUUCAUGGUUUAUAUUCCUGUCACUGCUCACCUGGGGCAUCCACACUUCAACAGGAGGGGCAGAGCAUUUAAGUCAGCUUUUUUUAAUUGCUAAAAAUGGUAAUUUAGGUUGCAGAUCGAUGGAGUUUGUAAAUUCUUGUUUCCAAAUUACUGUGAUUUUUUGUGGAAAAAUUUGAAGAGUUUGGGAAAAGGGAGAAUAAAUGGAAGAACAAGUAAGGCAAACUUUAAUCUUCUCUACACACAUACAAAAAACUUUUCAACCUUAGCAAUAUCCCCAGCUGCAUAUUAACUAUCUCUGUGACUGAGAUGCAGCUCAUAAAAUAGAAUUAUUUUAAGAUAAAUAAAUGCCAAUGAGUAAAAUGAACAGUGAGUCUCUCUCUGUUUCUCACAAUGCGUCCAGUGAAAAUACAAGGCAUCAAGUUUAAAACAAAAAAUGCUUUGCCUCAUAACGUGGGCUGUAGUUUCAAGGAUGUCUCUCAUAGCAACUGGUCCCCACACAACAUUCACCUCUGAAGACUUUGCUCUGGAUUGCUGGUAACCAAGCAGGUGAUACGGCUGAACGAUACAGCUGUGUUUGUUCUUACUCUCGAAGCAUCUCUACUGGCUUGUUGUGGAGGUAGGUCACGGGUUAGAUGUCUUUGCUACGAUGGAGUGCAGCCAUGCUCUGUCUUCCCCAGGACCUCCCGGGACCUCCAUGAAUAACUAUUUCCUUAUUUACAGUUAUGUUCCACAUUUUAAUCUUUGAGAGAUUUAUUAAAUGUGUGCGCAUGUGUGUACUUGGAUCAUGAAACUAUAUAACCCUGUCUGGGGUAUGUAUGAAAACUAUAAUGCCAUCACCAUGUAAAUACAACCACGGGAAUGUGAGCCUGAUAUAAAGCUCAUUAAUGAUGACACAACCUUUUCUGUAGUAGUUAUGUUAGUUAUAUUACUUGUAGAAUAGUUAUGUCUCUUCUACCAAGGCAUACAAGCUGAGGUUUGCUCUUCUACAGUCAAUGAAUCCAUGAAAUGAGGUAGGAUUGUGUUUUUCUUUGCAGAAACUUCGUUAAUGUUGUCUGUUUAGAUAGAAAAGAAUACCUAACCAAUUAUUAAUAGCAAGAGAGAAGGUACUUAUUUUUCGCCUGCACUUCUGUAUAUUUCAUAACAAAAAUCUUAACAUUGUGUCUCUUAUAUCCUAUAUACCAAAGGGCAAUCUUUUUCAGUAUUCCAUUUCUUUGUUAACUUCAGUUUAAAAAAAAAUAUCUGAACUUGGUGUAAGAUUUCUUUUUUUAAUUAGUUUUCAAAUUUUUUAGUAUAAAGUGAAAAUGUCUACAGCAUGAGGGAUAGAAAUUCACCUUUUGGUGCAGGGCCAUGAGAUUCUGUUUCUCUGAAUUCAAAACCAGCUCAGCCAACACUGUUCACACUUGGGGUGGGAGCAGGGGAAGAAGGAAGCAGCUUUUCUUACUGAACAGCAACAGCAUUAUUCUUGUUACUCUUUUCUAGUCUUAAGUGGGAUAAACUUUUAUUAACACAUCAUAUUAUUGAUCCUGUUCUUUUCUAGAUUGUGUGGGCUGUCAUUGAAGCUUUUGAGCAUUUGAAUGCUUUCUGUGUUCAAACAGGAAGGACUCUGACAAUCAAGUCUAAAAUAUGAAAGGUCUGACAGUUUUCAGAUGAACUUUAGAAGAGUAGUAAACUUAUUUUAAGAAAACACAUGCUAACCCAGACUUGUGUCUCCAUCUAAUGUAACUUUAUAGAUUCAGUGACUUUGAAUGAGUUGCCUUGUUUCUUCUAAUUCUUUCUCUUGCUUCCCCCUUCAUCUGCUGCCAGUCCACUACUGCAGAUAAGAUGUUUACUUCCCAUAAGAAUAUGGGCCCUGUUGCAAGGAAACAAAUUUGAGGUUUAAUUUAAUUUCCUAGUCUUUGCCUUAAAUUUUUAAUGCAUAUCUUACAAAUGUGGCCAACAUUUCCACAGGGCAAGAGGAAUUCAGUUGAGUCUUACAAAAAAAUAAGAGUGAACCCAACCCAACCCAACCCAGUGUUGCUGGCUGUCUAGCUGCAGCUGCUUAAGAGAGUGAAGAAGUUAAAUGGAAGUACUGCAAGAAAGCUGAAUAUCAUAGCAGUACAUGAUAACUCUCAAAUGUUUCUGGAGGAAAACAUAAAAUAAUUAGUGUUUAAUAAAUUGUGUGGUUCUUCAGCUCUGGUUUGUUGCCACUGAUCACUUUUAACCAUGCCAAUUCCAAAAUGUAAAAAGAGUUAACUCAAUCACAUUAUUUGCAUAGUCUCUAUUUGCCUUCUUACAGUGUUCCCAGCAUAAGGGAGCCUGGUUACAAAAGAAAAAGUAGUUCUGUCUUGCUGGAGAUUGGCAUAGGUUCAGUCAGGAUUUUUUCUGAAGUUUUUGAUACAUUUUUUUAAUGCAACCUUAGCAUGUUCACUACAGCUUUCUGGCAUGCUCACCACUUUUCCUUUUGCUGCUGUCUUUUAAGAUGGUUUUACAAAUGCCAUAGUUAGUGUCGAUGACAGCAUACUUAACACACAUUAAACAAGAGGGCAUGGUCUAAUCUUCAGCAAACCCUGUGUCUAACAUGACUCUUCUCAUCCUUGAUCAAACAGUUUGGCAUGUUAUUCUAGUUGACUGUAGCUUAAAAUCACUGUUUUCUUGUAGUUUGCAAAUACUCUGGGUCCUGUUAAUCUUGGUAUUCUGAAUAUAGAAUCUGUUUUGUUCUCUACAACUACAGGGUCUGUACCCAUAACACAACUAAUUUUAUUUGCACAAUAUCAAACUGCAACACAGAGAAAGAAGGAUCCCCAUAGUAAUAACAGGAAACAAAGGCACAAGUAAGUUUAAGUGAUUUAUUCAGGUAAAUCAAGCAGAAGUUGUCUGUGGUUAUGCCAGAAAAUGUGCCCCAGGACCCUGAGAUUCUGUCCAGCAACUCAGUUUUCAGGUCAUCCUUUUUAGUUUUAGAAACAUUACAUUAUGAUAUUUAUUAACAGUGUAAUUAUUCAGGGGAAUAACUGUUGAUACAGUUUUAUGUUAGAAAAGUGUAUAAUUGGAAGAGUGCAGUUAGAUGGUUAGUGCCCAGGUGUUACUUUUUGAUGUCUGAAUCUGUUCAGCAGCCGAGAUCAUGUCUAUGAGAACAUCCUCACUGAAGCACAAUGUGUGAUGGAAAGAAGCUGUCUCCUGUGCUCCACAGCUGGUUGUAGGUCUUGGAGCUGUUUGCUGUGCUCUGGGAUCACAGUCCCAUCAGUUUUGCUUUCACCCUUGGAGAACACAAAGAAUAGCUGAAAUGAACAGAAGAACAGCCAUACAUUAUAGGAAUAAAACCUCUGCACUGUAAUUUGGAAUUAAAUAAUCUUGCAAAAUCAAGUACUCUCAUGAAGUACAGCCAGUUACUGCUCCGCUAUGAUGACGUGUGAUCUUAAGUGUUGGGAAGGGAGUUUAAUUAAAAAAAAAAAAAAUCAAACUUCAGUGCAUCUGGCAAUGGAAAAAAAAAAAUUAAUUUUGUUUAAUUUUUAAUCAGACAGCCGGAGACAACCACUGAGCACUACUUGCCAAUUAGAAUACUAAUGAACUGCACACUGGGUUAGCCUGUUUUUAAAGGAUUGCAAACAAUGCACUCAAAGUUGAUGGAUUCUAUUUCAUUCCAGUCAAGUCUUCACAUAUUUACCUUCUCACUUUACAAGAAUUCGGGAAAUAUUUGCCUUGUUGUCUUCUUUAAAAAUCCCACCCCAUGGCUAAUUAUUUUUCAAAUGCAAAAAGCACAGAAAGUGGUAAGUGGCUUUCUUGAAAGCAUUCUUCAAAAAUAUAUAAACAGUGCAAAACAUUAGUCUUCACUGUUUGGCACACAUUCAGUGCCUUAAGAGUUUUCUUCUUGUUUGUUUGUUUUCAUUCUUCCUCUAGCAUAUUUGCGACUGUCUACCAUUCUCCAGCAGUGUGAAGUCCCUGGUUUUCAUGCUUUCUAUAGAUAUUGUUGUUAUUGCCCUAUAGCACACAAUUUCACAAAAGAUAGUGAGGUUGAGAGAAGAGAUAAAUUACCUAUGCCUAAAGUGGUUAUUUCUUAUAAUUUUUUAAGCAGCUACCUAUAGCAAUGCUGAAUGUAGUAGAAAAUGUUUGCUGAGCGGGGCUGACCGCUUUCUGUAGGCCAGGGCCCCAGAAAGCCAGGCUUGCUGCAUCUCCUCUCAGCAGCAGAAGCUCAGUAGAGGCAAAGAUGUCAUCACUAAGAGGAGGGAGGCCAAUGUUACCCAAAGUAGAGUCAUUGACCUGCACCCCUCAUGCUUCCAGUGGAGAACAGAGCAAUGAGCCUGCUUCUUUACCAUAGAACCAUAGAAUAGUUUGGGUUAGAAGGGACCUUCAAAGGUCAUCUAGUCCAACCCCCUUGCAAUGAGUGGGGGCAUUUUCAACUAGAUCAGGUUGCUCAGGGCCCUGUCCAGCCUGGCCUUGAAUGGGAUGGAGCAUCUACCACCUCUCUGGGCAACCUGUUCUAGUACUUUACUACCCUCAUUUAGGGCUUUGGGUUCUCUUUUCAAUUAGCUCUUCAUUCUCCCCUCCUCACAGCAGGAACUGUCAGUAACCGGCUUGUGAGGCAAAACUUGGUUCUUCCUACACUGCUGAGCUUUGCAGAUUCCUGGUUUACCCUCAUCCAGGUAUCCACUGCCCCGCAUUGCCAUGUCAGUUUGUCCCACUUCAGCCUCAUCUCUUGCAGCUCUGAAGGCCUUGCUGUGGGAGGCAGAGCCAAGUCUACAGCAAGAAAUACCAUUUCCCUGACUGGUUCAAAGGGACACCAACUAGGGAUGGAAAUACAGAAUGAGCUGACAAGUCUCACCUUACAUGAAUUAUACUAUAGCUACUGAGAAAGAGUUACACCCAAAAUAGCUGAAGCCCAAGUCAUCCAGGUCAAAGCUGGGAUAUACCAAGCCAACAGCUGUCAGUUUUAAAGGAGAGGUUUGCUCACUGGUUGUGAAUUUGCUUAUGAGACAAUGUAUAGGGAAAUUUUCUGUUAAAAAGGGCUGCUUCAGUUUGAGUUCUUUGUAAGAUUGUUUCAAUCUUGCCUCUACUUCACAAAAAGAACAUGUGGGAAAAUUCUAAUUCAUAUCAUCAUUCAUUUUCUGUAAUACUGUGCUGAACUUAAAAAAAAAAAAAGGAGUAAAUAAACCAAGAGUUUUGCUUUUUAGGUUUUUCUGUAAAACCUAAAAUACAGAACUUUAAAAAUUGAACACAAGAGCUGAAAUCAAACCUCAAAAUUAAAUUUGUUAAAAUGACUCAGGUCAAACUCUUUUAUGCCAGUAUGUAAAAACAGUCUGACAUAUCUUUCUGCAUAUUGUUCCUCCAUUGAAAAAUAAAACCUUUUAAGAGCUUACAUUGUCUUACAUGUACAUUCCUCAUGACAAGAGACUGAAUUUUUGUUAGGAUUUCUUCUUGUAUGGUUCCUGAUUCUGGGGGAUAUCGUUGGUUUUCCUGUCUCUUUUGAACACACAAAACGAGCUGUAGUUAGUGCGUUCAUAUUUCAAGAGAAGAUGCAUUUUCAACAGCUGGUUCAAUGUGGAAUCCAGGUUGUGUAGUGAAAUAUCCAUGUAUCAGUAGAAGCCCUUAUUCUUUGUAGGCCCAUAAAAACUUUCAAACUUGAAUUACAUAAAUAAAGUUACCAUUGUAUUUUCAGCUUAUUUAAUUUUUUUUGCCCCAGCUGACAUUACUUUUAGGAAUAGAAAUUUAUGUGAGCAGUCAUUGUACAGUAACAGUGUCAUGUGGAGCUGGGUAAAUUCUCAUGCAAUCAGGAAAAACUGUUUUUUUUUUUUAGUUAUAUGUACAAAAAAAAUGUAAAACUAAUAACACAGGAGAGACAGAAUAAUACCUAACUAUGAUAAGCCCAAUACAGAAGCAGUUGGAUACAUUGGAAAUAAAACUCUGUCCCACUUAAACUGCCAGCACCAGUAAAGGAAGAACACUGUGUUUAAUGAAGUAUGUAAAAUGUAAUACCAGGGAACUAAGAUAUUUAAGUGAGGAACAUUUUUAAGAUGUUUCCUGGGAAAUGAAUAAUGUGGUAGUGGAAGUGGGAAGUAAGGAGUGAAGAAGAAGAGAUUGUGAGAAGAAUCUGGAGAAUACCUUGUCCUCCAAAGAAGGUGUAGCAGCCCUUGGAUGACUGUAGAUGUUUUCAUUGUGAACUGGGCUCAGAUAAGCAGGAUGCCGUGCAUUUUAAGUAAUAAAAUCUUAUAAACAGACUUUCACUGAUAUGAGAAUGAGAACUUCAUAUUCUGUUCAGUGUCUUGGUUUUGCUCCUGUAAAACCCAAUACUUGGUAUUAAGUGCAGAAUUAAAGAUGAAACCAGUGUGAUGUCACAUCAAAGAGUUACUUUCUUGUGUGUAGACAACAUUGUGGCUCACUCCUCCAGUGUGGGGACGUGGGGUGGGAGCUGCUGGUUUUUGGGCUGAGCAGCUUUAUCUCUGUGCGAGAAGUAGCUCCUGCUAGUGUUAAAGUGCAACUUUUUGCCAGAGACAGUGAAAGAAUAACAUUGGAAGUAAAGAGCGGCUCGUAUGGCAUGUUGGUGCAUGUUGCGUUACCAAGAGGCACAAAUAGGUAACAUUUCAUUGUUUAGUAAGCUGGGGCUGCCUUCAGCUGGAUGAUAGAAAUCUUUCCACUUUUCCUUCCUCAGCCUCUGCUCUCUUGGCUGUCAAAGUUACAGUGAAAGCAACUGCACAUUUGUCACUGCUCUGACCGCUGUGCUGCUCUGUGAUGAUUUGUGCUACUCUGUCAUUGUAGUCUGGUUUUGAACCUUGCUGCAGUGUAUGUAUGUGAAAGCUACCUGGCAUGUCUGGCAGUGCGGGAGAAGCCAAAGGUCUUGUGGUUUACAGGUGGCAUUUUUUUUAUGGCUUCUGUGUAGUGUGUUUAGUCUCCAGAAAUCAUUUGAUGCAUGUUAAACAAAGACUAUUGGUGAGGCAUUAUUUUUAAUUAUUAUUUUAAAUGUCUUGAAAUUAAUUAAAAAAAAAAAAAAAAACUUCUGUUUUAAAUCACCAUAAAUCAAUCUUAAUGCUAGGAUGAGUUGUUUAAUAUAGAAACACCAGUUUUACAUGGGAAAGCAAGGCACUGGUUGCUGUUCACAAUUCUUUGUCAAUGUGUCCAAGUCUCUUAGCAAGCAGUAUGUUUUGUUAAAGACUACAGCUUUUCAUAGGAAUGUAUGUAUCUGAAGUCCUUGUCAGAAGUUACUGAAAAAGGUAACUUAUUAUUUCUUAAAAUGUACUCACCAGAGAAGGUAGAACAAAUUAGUACAGCUCAGUGUUUUACAGUAACAGUGAGUAGUAUUAAUCAAAAGUCAAAUUCAGUUGCCAGACUUUAGUUGCAAGUCAGUUCUCUGAAUAUUACUCCCUCUCUUGGAAAAAAGGGAUUUUAUUUCCCUGUACAUGAGUAGUUUGUAGGCUGAUGUCUUACAGAAAUCUGUGGUAUUCACAACUAAGAACAUUAAACCUGUAUGCUUGAACUACUGUCCUGCUGCUUUGAAGGUUGUCAGCAGUUUUAAAUGUCUCAAACUAUCCUUUUUUUUUUUUUUUUUUUCCCUACAUAAAUUAUCUGUGAUGUGUUAUAUUAGACUUUGAAAUGCUUUUGGAAAUCUGUCAGAAAAUAAUUUGGUAGAAUCCUCUUUGUGAUAAACGUACUUACGUACCAAGUCAGUUACUAGUAAUACGAGUGAUACUUUUACUCACAGGGCUUCUUAAAGUACUCUGUAAAGUAAUUUCAUCCUCUUCUGAAGGGUUGUCUAUUAGGGUUGUCCAUUAUUGAUGGUCUCUUGUUUAUGUAAAGAUAUUAAAAUAUGUCUACGAGGAAAUGCUCAUUGUUGAUUGGAAUACCAUUCUUUCAAGGAGAUAAUAUAUUGUUAGAACUUAAACGCAGGGGAAAAAGACUCACUGUCAAAAUUGAACAGGCUUCUUUUGCUUAGCAAAUUUGUGUUGCUUAUAAGGACAAGCUUAAGUACAUCGAAUUCAUAUGUGGAAGUAAAGGUGUCUCAAGAAGUCCCAAGUGGACCUUGACUCCAGUAUGGCUGAUCUUGUCCAAGAGAAGGUGAACUAAAUGAGAGGGAGAAUUUUUAUAACCAUGUCUCUCUAGUAUCCCCUUUAAGGCAUCGAUCAGAUUAUCUUCUAAACUGUAUAAACAAACUUCCUCUGCUGAGCAGCACCAUAGACUCAAAAGUUCAAAUACAUCCAACUGAGGAAAGCAGAGAAGUUAUAAUAUCCUGUAAAUAUUAUAUAAAUAAUAUAAACGUUAACAUAAUGUCCCAUAUAGUCACAUCUGUAAAUGUGAUGUUGAGUGACAUUAGAGACAGUAGUUUGAAGAAUAAACUAGUAUUCUUUUGAUACUGUGUUGGUUUAAGUUACUUGGCUUAUUUCUUGGGUAUCUUUCAACAUGCAGAUUGGGAAUGACUGUUUUAGGGGAGUGGUAAAUGUGUGAAUAAUAAACAUCUGGAAAAUGCUCUUAGGUGCCACUAUCAUGAAUGCAUAAAAAUAUCUGGCUAGAUAUGAGCGGCCUGAUAAACUCAAAACAUCCACCAGCUUGCUUCGAGAAAAGCUCUAUGAUGCUAUUGGAAAAUGAGAGAUGGUGAUUCCUCAUUGUUUGGAAAAACAAGCCAGGUCUGUUCAUUGAGGACAGUGAAACUGCAAGUUUCAGGCAUGUUGAGUGCAUUUUCAAUGCAAUCAAGUCUUGCAUCCACAGAUACAUGCAGAGAAAUGUAGCUGCUAUCUUUCCAGUGACUGAGGCAGCAAUGUUAAUAGGUUCCAAGCACAGACAAGUACUAUCUGUUUCCAGAAAAAAACACAGUAAUUGGAAACAAUUAGGGGAGUGUACACUGAAUACAAAGUAAGCUGAAUAGUUAGGUGGCUGCUUGUGCUGCUUGAUCAGUUUAAUAUUGCUGUGAGCCCUGGAGAGAGCGUAUUCAGCCUGGCAAAAUUCUCCUUGGGUGCCUGCGAGUCAGAGCUACGUAACUCAACAUCUUUAGUUUGUUUCCUCCUUCUGACCCUAAACGCAGCCAGGGAUAUUAGAAGGAGUAAAUGUGGGGAGAAUUGCAAGCUGGCUCCUUUCCUGUUAGCCCGGUGUGAAUAUAUAACAUGUUUUCCUCUCAGCCCUGGUUUUUGUGGGUGUUUGUUUGUUCGAGCUUUUGUUUGUUGGUUUGUUUUUGUUGUUGUUUGUAUUUGUUUUGUUUUACUUUCUUUCAUUUUCAGUUAUGCCAGAUUUAUAUAGCUAUGGGAAAGAACUGGACUCUUUCUAGUGUCAGUUUUUGUUUUGUUACACAGUCUCCCACAGCAUCCUCACGGCUAAGUUGAGGAGGUCUGGUCUGGACAAUAGAGUAGUGAGGUGGGUUGCAAACUGGCUUAAGGAGAGAAGCCAGAAGAGUGGUAGUCAAUGGUGCAGAGUCUACUUGGAGGCCAGUAUCUAGUGGAGUGCCUCAGGGGUCAGUACUGGGGCCAAUAUUAUUCAAUAUAUUCAUUAACGAUUUAGACGAGGGAAUAGAGUGUACUAUCAGCAAGUUUGCUGAUGACACUAAGCUGGGAGGAGUGGCUGACACGCCAGAAGGCUGUGCUGCCAUCCAGCGGGACCUGGACAGGCUGGAGAGUUGGGCGGGGAAUAACCUAAUGAAAUUUAACAAGGGGAAGUGUAGAGUCCUGCAUCUGGGCAGGAACAACCCCAGGUUCCAGUAUAGGUUGGGAAAUUACAUAUUAGAGAGCAGUGUAGGGGAAAGGGACCUGGGGGUCCUGGUGGACAACAGGAUGACCAUGAGCCAGCACUGUGCCCUUUUGACCAGGAAGGCCAAUGGCAUCCUGGGGUGUAUUACAAGGGGGGUGGUUAGUAGAUUGAGAGAGGUCCUCCUUCCCCUCUACUCCGCCCUGGUGAGACCACAUCUGGAAUAUUGUGUCCAGUUCUGGGCCCCUCAGUUCCAGAAGGACAGGAAACUGCUGGAGAGGGUCCAGCAAAGGGCAACAUUGAUGAUGAAGGGAGUGGAGCAUCUCCCUUAUGAAGAAAGGCUGAGGGAGCUGGGUCUCUUUAGCUUGGAGAAGAGGAGACUGAGGGGUGACCUUAUUAAUGUUUAUAAAUAUAUAAAGGGUGAGUGCCAUGAGGAUGGAGCCAGGCUCUUCUCGGUGGCAAACAAUGAUAGGACAAGGGGUAAUGGGAUCAAGCUGGAACACAAGAGGUUCCACUUAAAUUUGAGAAAAAACUUCUUCUCAGUGAGGGUGACAGACACUGGAACAGGCUGCCCAGGGAGGUUGUGGAGUCUCCUUCUCUGGAGACAUUCAAAACCCGCCUGGACGUGUUCCUGUGCAACCUCACCUAGGCGUUCCUGCUCCAGCAGGGGGAUUGGACUAGAUGAUCUUUUGAGGUCCCUUCCAAUCCCAAACAUACUGUGAUACUGUGAAUUCUGGUAGCAGUUAAAUGGAAAUUUUACUCUGGAAAAUGACUAGGAGAAAUGGUUGCCUGGUCACUUAUUAACUUUUUGUAAACCACUCUUUGAUCACAUAAUCUUUUUUAUUCCUAACACAUCUGCAUCAAAGGCUGAUUUUUAGGUUUCUUUGGAGGACUAGGGAUUAUUGGGAUAAUUGGGAAAGAAACCUUGCAGUAUGACAACAUAGGCUGUUGGAUGAGGUUUUUGAGGGGGUUUUUAAUAGUUAUUUGCAGGUGCAAAACUGAAUCUUAAGAGUUCUCAGGGUUGUCAAUAAUACAUAAUAUUCACAGAAGUUGACAGGUAUUGUAAAUGAAAAGUUUUUUGGGACCAAAGGUCUUGUAACCACUUCUCUGUUUAAAUAAGAGAGAUUUUUAAAAAUUAUAUAGUUGACUACAUACAAAAGUCCAGUUGUCCUCUGUUUUAAAUCAAAAUGGAGAAUAACCAGAGAGAAUUCAGUUUUGAUUAGCAAAACAAAGUGAAAGACUUAGUGCCUAAGGUUAUGGUUUUCAGAAGGCAGCUUGCUACUCAGAUCAGUGGUGGGAAUAAAAACCAGCCUGACAAUGUACGUGUGUUUGUGACAAAGCACGUUCUAGUCUGAUACAUAAGGAAAAUGUCGAGUAGCAAUUCUUUUACCUUUGGAGUCUCAUGCUAUUUUGCAGGCACUUUUGGUGAUGGGUGACUAAUUGAGUGUAAUUAUUUUGGGAAUCUCUGUCUGGAAGUUAGAUUCCACCUGCCAUAUCAUCUCUGUAACUCAUUCUUCUUUUCCCUUCCUUUCUGUUCGUAUCUCACAUUAUUUUGAGCUGCCAUGAUAUUGCUUGCUUCUGAUGCACUCAGUAUGGAUGCCACAAUACAGAAUGGUGUGCCAAACCUCAACCAAGUUAAUUUAAUUGGACAUCUAGCAGAAAUUUUGGGGAAGUCUGAGGUUCAACAAGGAAUGGUAAUGUAUCUCCCUGAUACUUGGAAUUAUUUCAGAACGAUUUUAAUGAAAUAAGGAAGCUUUGCUGGAGCAUUUUGUCUUUGUCUACAAACUCCUUUGGCUUUGAUACAUUCCAAGUAUUGAAGUUAACAAUUGAGACUGUUCAAUUCUUGGUUUGUGUUUUCACUCAUAAAGUGAGUAAAGCAUCUGUAUAUUUAUAAGCUAUGCUACCAUGGCCUUUAGCAAACAUUGCAUUUGAUUAAAACAUUGGGCAGAUCAGGUUUUUCUCACUCCAAUUCAUCAGCAUCCAGAGGUUAUGAACCUCAGCUUAUUAGGGCUGUAUUAAUGAUGUGAUUAAUGGUAUAGCACUUCUUCCUUCCAGUUUUGCUCUGGCGAUUGACUUCCAUAGCAACAGGCCAUCAUCAGGGAAAAUUCUGGGGUAAAGUCUAUUAAUGAUUCCAAUCUGAAGGCUAGAAGCUCUGAAUCAUAUUGGAGAUUCACACUUAGCAUCAACCAAACCCUUGCUAGAAAACAUAUUAUUAGAAAGGGAAGAAUGGAUGUGGCAUCAUUCUGCUAAAAAAGCAAAACUGAUAUGUGACUCUCUUCUCUAUAUUUGGAUUUUGAGGUAGUUCCCACUCUCCCUUUUGCUUCCAAAGAAUGAAAGAAUGUUUGCUGGUAUUUGGGACUACCACAUCCAUAAACCCACUCCUAAAGAAAGAAAAAUGUUGAAUCAGUGUCUAUUGUAUAACAGAUUGUGUUUCUACAGGGGAAAUGCACAUGUGUGACAGGAUGCCUUUAAAAUAGCACACAGUAGUUUUAUUGUUUUGGAAAACUGCCUUGGAAGAGACUUGGAGAAGCCACCCUUGUGCUCCAAGUAGGAUCAGAUUGUCAUUUCUAUUUUGUAGAUCAUCAGUGGUGGAAAACCCAUAGCUUCCCUUGACAAUGUAUUCCAGUGAUUCAUUAUUAUUCUCAAUUCAGUGGUUUUCCUAAAAUCUAUCCUGGAUCUUUCUGGAUGGUGUUUGAACCCAUUGCUACUUGUCCUGUCCACCACUGGUACGGAGAACAGUUUAUUUUCUUCUCUGUUUUCCUGUGUUGUUGCUUAGUUUCUCCAGCUCUGAUAGUUCUCUUUGCUCUGGUUUUGAAUGUUUCCUAUAUGGUCACCUCUUCCUUGAAUAUCCAAAAUGAUUGAGCAGUGUUAUGCUUGUGAUUCAUAGAUUGGAAAUACUCCCCAGGUGACAACCCCCUCUCUUUUUUAAUUUUUUUAUUUUUACACAGAACUGUUACUAGCUAGCUUAACAGUUGGAUUUGAUGAUCUUAAAUGUCUUUUCCAACCGAAAUGUUUCUAUGAUUCCUUAUCUUAUAUUUGUGAUUGAGUAAAUGCUGUUUCUCCAGCUUGUUAAAAUCUAUUUGAAUACUUCUCUAGCCCUCCAGCAUACUUGCAAUCCCUCUUACUGUCAGGAGUAUUUUCUUCUGUCAUCUAGGUUGUUAAGAGAAAUGCUGAAAAGGACUGAACCCUGGACAGACCCUCUGAAGCACCACUCAAUACAUCUUUGUGUUUGACAGUGAAACAUUGGUCCUCCAUGGGUACAGUUAUCUAAUUUCUGUUUUCAGAUUUCAUCAUGACUUACUAAAGUCAAGAUGUAUGACAAUUACUCCCCUCCUACUAAAAAGGCCUAUUAGCCACACACAGGAAGAAAUGGGAUUGUUCUGUCAGUUUGUUCUUAACAGUUGUAUAUUGAUUGCUACUUAUGUCUGUUAUAUAGCUGCACACAGUGGUUUGCUUCAUCCAGAAAUGUUCUUGCAUCUGAAGUUCAGCUUGAGUUGUUUGUGGUUUUCCACACAGCUCCUCUUUCCUCCCGUUCUAACACAGGCAAUACACUUGCCCUUUCACCUGUCUUACAUGGGACAUCACAGAACUGCUAUCAGUUCCAUUUUUUAUAUAUCUCAGCUGAUAUUUGUCAAAGCAACUAACUUUGAAAAAAAUUAAUAAUCUCUGUUCUCAGUUGAGCUCUGACUCUUGUUUCUAUUAAUUCUUUUUGAUGCCAAUAGAUCUUUUUCAUUAAGAUUAAUGCAAAAAGUCAUUAAACCCUCUGGCAUUCUCUGCAUCAUCUCUAUAUUCUCUCUGAAUAGUUGGCUAACUGGUUGUAAAGGCUAAAAUCUGCUUUAUUUAUUUGUUUAGGGCUUACUGCGUAGACACUUUAGGUUGUGUUUAAUAGGUCAUAUGGUUCCCUUCUCAUGGCUGCCUGUAUUUGGAAUUGUAUCAAAACCUCUAGAGAGAGAGAUUGCUUCUUUCCUGAGGGGGUGCUCAGGAGGGACAAGUUUCUGGAAGGUUGACUUUGGCAGCUGGGUUUUGGAACAGAACAAAUGAAGAGAGUGACUGACUAAUGAGACAGACAGGGAAGGGGCAUGCAGGGGCCAGGAGGAGGCUGGAGUGAGUACCCAUAUACCUCAAAAGGACAGAGUGGCUGCUGGAUUAGAACAAGACCGGUGACAAAAAAACAGACUGAGGAUGUGGUAGGGAGAAAGUAGCUUCAUUUUCAAACCUAUUUCCAUCUUUCUUUGACCAGUCUGAGAUUUUUCUGUGUAAAAUAUUACAUUGUUCUGCGUCAUGUUUAGAGAUUGCAAGCACUUUGGUGUUUUGGAGCACCCACUUUAAGGGCAAGUUACGGGCAGAUCCACUUCAGAAGUGUGCUUGACCUGAUCUCUUCUCAGCAAUGAUCAUAGGGUUCCUUUGUUUCUUAUGGUCAUAUUUUGUGCCUUGACCUUUUUACUUGUGUUCCAGCUGCUUGUGCCAUUCUUUUAUGCCAUUCUUUAGUGACCUGACCUAGUUGCUGAGUUCUUUCCUGUGUUUGGUGUCAAUGAGAAGUCAUAAUUUAGCAAGGUUAGUCUCUUAUAACACUUCUGUCCUUUUUAAUGGAGAUGGACAGAAUUUAUGUCCCCAGUUAUUAGUUUUCUCCUGGCUCUUAAACUCAUGUCUUCUGCUUGUAAUGUUGUGUGGCCUUAAGGAGAUACUAGCAACCAGCUGCAGUUGCUGGGUUAUUCUUUACUACUGGCUUCUGUUCUGUGUAGCUGUCCAAGUGGUUCAUCAUAGGGGACUUUGUAUCCUUUGGCAUCCUCCCGACCACAGGUGUAUCUUUGAUCAUAUCCUUUAGCUCUCCUCCUUGCUUCCUAAAAGUUUAUACUGGCAGGCAAGAUUAAAUCAGAUAUCUUCUUCCCAGCCUUCACAGGAACACAGGUGUCAGUGCCUCUUCUUUCAAGUACAGUUCAGGACUAUGGCCAAGAUGUUCGGAGUCCUGACUGGGCCUGGCUCACAGCUGCAGGUAGACACAGAACAAGCAGAUGGCUGUGGUGCUAUUGUUUGUUCUCAUUGGUCUUCUGUGUGUUGUAACAUUUAUUGAUGGAUCUUUAUAUCAUCUUAGGAAUUUCUUCCAUUGCUCAAACACAUCAGGCUAUGGAGAUAAUUAAUAAGUUACUGUUAAUUGCAAAUUCAUGAAUUUCCCAUCUUCUGCACCUCCAAAUGCAGAGCCCUUUUAUACCAAACCCUAAAUGUUAGUAUUUUCAAGAAGAAAGAAACUGGAAAAGAGGAUAAGAUCUGACUGUAUCAAUGAAGAAGGAUGUAGGAGAAUUCUAUUUAAAAUGAUGUAUAAUUAGACUAUUAUGUUUUGAAUGUUCAUGUAUUAUCUUGGAAGAGAACUGCCAGGCAUAGAUGAACAUAUUUAGACCUAGAACUGGAUUACAUGAUAAGGAACUUUCCUUCAAUUAUUGCAAGACACUCAAGUGACAUUGAAAAGGCUUUUACUGUGCAAACUCUUGUUCAAAAUAGUUUGGCUUCACUGUUAUGAUGAAGUACAAGAUUAUUUGGUAAAUUACCAGGGAUUUAGAGAGUACUCAAGAUAAUCUGAGGCUAAUUUGGAAAAAUAAGAUAAAAUAUUCUUCUGCUGUGAUGUCGUUUUAAGAAACAGUGGUGUAAUUCAUUGCAGGAAGACUUAUUGCAUUGUAGGAAUGAUGGAAAUAUUUACUUUAGAUAAAUUCCUUCUCUUGUGUCAGGACACAAACAAUUAAAAUAUAUAUUUACAAUGUAUAGGUUUGUUAUGUCCUCCUCUGAAUGUCUGAUGCUAGCUCGUGUCCAAGACAGAAUAUUUAAUUAGAUGAACAUGAGUUGUCAUCUGGAAUGACAGUCUGUAUAUUUUGGUUGAUAUCUUCACAAAUGUGUAGAGGAAUUGGAAAUUACAGAAGUUUUGUCCACAUCUAAAAAUUUACACAAAUUUGGUUUUCUAACAGUUUUUUUUUUUUCCUUUCAUAAAAGAUAGUAGUUCAUAUGAAGUCCAAAGAAAGAAAUUAGCAGGAGUGAACAGAAGUCGGCAAAGCUGAACAUUUUCAUGGUAAAUUUUUAUGUGGCUAUGAAAAUGAUGGAUUUCAUGGAUUAUUUUCUUUAGUGUAGGAACAGUACUAAUUGUAGUUUGCCAUCAGUGUUAAACUAGGAUUUUGAAUUUAGCCUGCGGCAGUAUAACAAGAACUUAUGCCAACUUGCAGCGCUGUGCAGCUGCUGAAAAGCCCGGCUCUACCAAGAGCCUUCAAAAUAUAUGAAUGCAGAGCUUCAGCUCUGUCGAUCUUCUUUGAAAAACAUUGGAGCAGAUUCAACUCUAAUGUGUGCCAGUAUAAACCUAGAAUUGCUUCCGUGAUGACUGUUGAACAGUUUUCAUCAAUGCAAGUGAAAUAGUGAUUUUGUUUAUUGAAGCAGGCAUGAAUUUUCAGGGAAGGGAGGACUAAGAAGGCUAAGCUGUCCAAUUAGCAUCAGACAGCCUGGCUUCUCCAUUUAAAUUGAGGUUGUAUCUGUCCCUGAGAGGCAGUAACCAGUGUAGCAAGACCGUAGUAAAGCAGAGGAUAUAACUACAGCGAAUUAAGACAGUCUUUGCUGAUGUUGGUAGAUGCAGAUGGAAUUGUGCAACACCUGCACUGCCUUUCUUGUUUUUCGAAAGCACCAAAAUAAGCUAAUAACUAAGCCUAACUGUUUUUGGUUUGGUUUGGUUUUGUUUUUGUGGAGCUUCACCCUAUAAAUUCCUUAGAAACAUUUUCAAAGUCCGUUCUAAAUCAUUAUCAUUCAGUUUUCCAUUAAAUUGUUAAGAUAAAACAUUUCAGUGAUAAUAACAGUUGAUAAGCAUAAUGCACUGAACGUAUCCCUGCUGUAAUUCUGCUGCAGAAAACUGAAAUCAAGUAAUAACAAGGACUAACAGUCUAAGGAGAUUUUAAGGGUGCACUUGGGGUUGCCUCUACUUCUGUUAUUGAUGAAUUUAACCCUGAAAAUUUUUUUCAGGGCACACAAGGAAGAUGUGCAUAUUGUGGAUAUGAAUAGUUUGGCCUUAUAAUUUACUCACUGUUAAAACUUCAGGAAUUAAGCCCACAACAUCCAUGUUUCUUCCUUCCACCUCUGAAUAAUAAAGAUGCUGGAUAUGGGUCUUAGGUGGGCCUUAUGUUUCUCUACCACUUUCAGAGCUGUGUGAACAGAAGGGACGGAGAACCUUCUUCCAGUGAGGAGUUACUGAUUCCUCCCUGGCCAGUAAGUAAUGGGAUUUCUGUCAUUUAAUUUGGUCUGUCUAAAAGCCAGACUUCUAGAUUGAAAUAAUAAUUUUUACCUUCUGUAGUCAUCAAAGAGUAAGGGACAGCUGUAAAGAGCAAGUCAUCUAUCUUAGGAUGUUGGUUAGUUUCCCUGUGAAAGUACUUGUUUCUCCCCAGUGAUACCAGAGGAAACUUAGGCAAUGAUCUCAGUCUAUUAAAAAAGGGUGAAAAGAUUCUUAUUGUAACGGGUAGCUGCUAGUAAUCAAUAAUGUAGUCCCACCUGCCCUAUACGCAGGUGUGCACUGAUCCCAGUAUCGCUAUGUUUAUUUCUCUUAAAUGAUUCAAAAGGAUGUGUGACUAGAUCUGAAACAGAUCUUAUCUGCAUUUCGAUAAGGUUUAGGUACUAUUGUAACUGGAAUGAUUUCACUGUUUGGAGAACUGCCAUCUUUGAUGCGUGUUAUGAUAUACCCUCCAGAAGGGAGCUUUAGAGCAGUACUGACUUCAAAUUUAGAUGAGAUUGCACAGGUCCAGUGGAAUGUUGAACAUGGAAUCACAGAAUGGUUUGGACUGGAAGGGACACCAAAGAUCAUCUAGUUCUAACCCCUCUGUCAUGGCCAGGAACACCUUCCACGAGACCAGGUUGCUCAAAGCCCCAUCCAACCUGACCUUGAACAUUUCCAGGGAUGGGGCAUCCACAGCUGCUCUGGGCAGCUUGUUCCAGUGCCUCACCACCCUCAUGGGGAAGAAUUUCUUCCUUAUUUCUACAGUAAUCUAAAUCUACCAUCUUUCAGUUUAAAACCAUUACCCCUUGUCCUAUCAUUACAUGCCCUUGUAAAAAAUCCCUUACAAAAUGACUCAGAAAAGUUGUCCUGUGUGGGGAUGCAGAAGUCAGCAAUCCUAGUCUUAAUUUUUUCUUAUAUUUUCCCUUUCCUCGCUAUGACCGUAAAUCAGCUUCUACUGAAUUCUUACUUUGGAAUUACUCUCUGAGCUGAUGGCAGACUCCCAAAGGAUACAAUUCCAGUGGCCUAGUCAGGUGCAUCUUUGUGAUAUCAUGUAGUGGCAUUUGAGGGAUGCCUUCCAAAGGCCUUGCCAGUCAAGUAUGUUUUGCUUUGUUGGGGAAGAAUGUUUUUAAUUUCAUUUUGGGUUUAAACUUUUCUGUAAAACGCAUAAAGGUACAGAGCAGAGCUGUAGGUUUUCUCUGUUUCCUGCUUCCAAGCCAGGUGAUUAUUUUGGAGACCAAUGACAAGCAUUUGGGAAAAAAAACAAAAGCAAUACUUCAAGUGUGUCCAUUGGAUAAGAUGGAUGGCAAUAACAAAAAACUUAGAUUUUCAAUGUAUUACUUCAACCUAUUUUAUUUUAGUCUUUAAAAGGAAUCACUGUUGUUGUUGUUCAGAUACUCAGCUAAAUCUGGGGAGACAAAUAUUAUACUUCCUAUAAAGCUGAGAAAAUACACAUUCUAGAAUCAGUUCUUUGUCAUCUCCAGGUGAAAGGGAGAGUUUGUUUCUUGCUAUGCAGUCUUAUGGUUUGCAGGCACUGUAUGUGCGUAUCUUGGUGGCAUUCUGAGAUUUAGCUUGCAAUUUCAGCAAAUAAGGAGACUUUUUCACUUGAGUUUUAGUCAGUUCCAAACCCAGAUGUUAGAUGUUUCGAUAGCAGGAGAAUUCCUGACUUUCCACCUGGUUUUGAGAACUGCUGAUUCUCAGGCAUUUUUACAGACUCUUCUGAGAGUCCUGAGUACUCUACAUUUUGCAGGAUUACAUUUUGUAAAGGUGUCUACUGUGUUUUUCCUUUUAUUUUUUUUUUCUUUGCUAUUCAGGCUCCUCUAUUCUCCCUCUGCUGCAGCACGUUAUAAAUUGCUUUCAUAUAACCUGUGUUUCCCACUGAGGUGCAGAUAUUUUGGAUUCAAGAACAGCCCUGUAGAGAUGAAGCUUUCCUAAGAAUUUUUAUUUCUAUUAGAGCUUACAACGUUAAUAUUUUUAGUAAGGCUUUUCAACUUAUGUUAGAGAAGGUAUGCUUUCCUGAGUAGAUGAGGCAUGUUAUCUCUCUGUGGGAAUCUUUCUCAUGUCAUAGCCAAAAAUGGCAGUUUAAAAUCUCCUAUUUAGACUUCAUUAAGCAGCACCUUGCAGUUCAAAAACCCAGAUGUUUUAAUGCAUGAAAAAGUACUCUGUUGCGUACACCUAGCCAAAUUAAUUAUUCAGUAAAAUGUUUGUGGUAAAGCAGCAGUUAAUCGAAAAGUGGCAGAUGUCAUACACAGAAGUGUCCAUUUCGCUAUGGUGCUUUAUGGUCUGUUGUGACAGCUAAAUGGAGCAGCUCAACAGCUGUCAGCAUGUUAAUGUUUUGGAUUAAAUAAACACACUUGGAAGAACUUUCCUCUGAUUUUUGAGAUGUAAUGACUUUGAAGGCAGCCAUGUUGCUUUGCAGAUGAAGUUUUAAGAGUUUUGUAAGUGAUGCCCAUAAGAAACGGGGAAUAGCAUUGGGCAGACAGGUAGACCAGCAUGUUUUAGUUUCUUUGGAGCUGUGUAACUCUGGACCUCAAUGGGGCUUAGAAAUUUCUACCCAGUCUGGACACCAGAAACAGAGGAGAUUUAAAAAAGGGUUGCAGAGUGGUAGAUACUCUUCUUCCUUUCUUUUAUAAUCUUUAUUAAGCAUAGGGGGAAAAAAAGCAUAAAAAAAACCCAACCAACCAAAACUGAACAAACUUGUGAGAAGUGAUGGAACCAAUCAAAAAAGCUGGACACAUAUAAGCAUAAAACCAAUACAGUUUCUGUCUGUUUCUGUUAAAUUCAAUCCAGAAGACUCAGGGCUGAACGCAUGAUCAUUUUGACAUAUUUGUUUUAGCUUUGUUGUUGUUCAGUGCUUUCUUUGUAAUGUAGUCAGCUGAUUGUCCAAGAAAUCUUCUGUUUUGCCUGAGGGUUUUCUUGAUUGCUUUCCUGAUCUCAACUAUUUUGGAGUCACAGUACCCAAUAUGGGUGUAAUAUAUGGACAGAUUUGGCUGUGUGUAGCUGGCCAGUCCUUGAUGUUUUUCAAAUGGCUGGGAUGCUUACGUGUUUAACAGAAUCUGAGCGGAUAUACUUUAUUUUUAUGCAAAGUACAGCUGGUGGGAUUCUCUUGGGAAUGAUAUUUUUCAUUUCUGUUUCAAAUAGAGUAGGGUCUUACCUUCAGCAUCAAGGCUGCAAGAGAAGCAAUGAGAUAAAUUAUUAUUAUAGUUUACUUUUCUCCACCUUGAGUGUCUGCUUCUGACAGUGGCUGAUGGGUUUGUGUCACAAAACAAGAAAUGCACAGGACACACAAGGCCUAAACCAUUCACCUGGGCUUACAGAAAUAAGGUAAUGAAGAUUUACUAUCGUUGGAACAUCUCAAGAGUUGGAAAGAAGCAUUUGUGAUGACAAGAAGGAACCACAAGGGAGCUGCGUCUUUAAUUGUAUCUGUGAAUGAAGCAAUGACCACUUGUUUCUUGAUGCUUCCUGCCAUUCCCAGUACCUAAUUUUUGAAGAGUGCAACUGUGAGCAAUUAUUGAAUAUCUUGUCCUCUUGCUCCAUCAUAGUUUGUUCAGGAAAGAGACUGGAGGCUUAGUGGGCUCCUUUGAGAAAUAUACCAAGACCAGGGAAAACUGGAGUAGGAUUUUGCCUGGGAACUCUACAAAAAAGUUAUUUUUGCAACUUUUUCUACAUCAACUCUGGAAGCUUUAUUACAUAACAUUACUUAAGAAAGCUAAAUACAGUAACAGAAGAAUAAACCGAUUCUUUUAAUCCAAAUGAACAAACAAAAAAACAAGCCAAAAACCCCACCAAAAACCCACAAAAACAAACAACAACAAAACAAAAACAAACAAAAAAGCCACAACAAACAAAUAACAAACCAGAAAUGCAUGGAUGACGAGAAAUAUUAAACAUUUGUAUGAAAUAAGUGGAAGUGAAUUGGAAUGCUGUUGGAAAAGGAGGGUUGCCACAACUUAAGCACAGAAGCUUGUAGGCUUUUGUUGUGUGGAUGCUUCUUGGGGGAAAAUUGUUUGGCAGCCAUUCCGCAUUCAGCCUGGAGGAGUCAGGUGGGAUCUCUCAAGAGCUGCUGCCUCAGGGCUCUGUGGGAGCAAGUCUGGUAGGCUUGUUUUCUGAAGUCUGCUGGGGCCAUUGGGUGGUGGUAGCAUCCCCAUGGGAAGAUGUCUUUGUGUUUUUCUGUAUCCACUUCUUUCCUGAAUUAUAGCAGUAGUCAUCAAUAAACAGGCAAGCCAUGAUCCCUUGCCUAGUGAGCUUCCAGCACACCUCUUUUAUCUCCUGUUUCUCAGCUCAGACAUGCCCCUUCUGGUUCUCAAACAUCUGUCCUUCCUUCUUUGGUCUGACCAAGUGUGGCCGUUCUUAAAUAAUAAGAAUCAGUUUUCAAUAGUAUGGAGAAGGUGGGAAGAAAAGAAGCUGACCAAACCCUAAGGUGGACACCCUGAUUGCAGGUAAGCUAAACAUGUAGCUUUCAGACAGAAUGGUGCACUGUCAACAAGGCUAGAAAACUGACUGUGCAUGCAGAGGGCUAAAAUAUCUAACAUCAGAUCCUUAAUAUGUUGUAAUGACUGUUAAACCUUCUGAACUGGUUUUGAUGCCCCAACAGAAUAACAAGCACAUGGUCAUUAGCUACUUUUGGGCUUGAAAGCAGCUCUGAUCACAAUAAUUUUUCACUAACUUCUCUUUCAUGUUCUCUCUUAAAUUCCAGUUUAAACAAGAGCCUGGCACAUAGAUAUUUUAAAUUAUAUUUUUUAAACCUUCAAAAAUCUGUUGCUUACAGCUGCUUUUUUUCAACUCAAUAAGCGGAUUUGCCCUGGAAAACACUUUGUCACCUUUUCACCCAUAUGACAAAUAAAUGAGCUUUAAUUACUGCUUUUAUAGGGGUUCAGUCUCUUUCAGGUUUUGAAUUCUAAUUUGAUAUUGGGUAAAUAAAAUAAAUGCGGUGUCUGUGUCAAUAGAAGGCAAAGAAAGAUUAAAAAGUAAGGUGCUACUUCCGUAGCUUUGCAACAAUAGAAUAAAAGUGGAAUAAUGAACUGUAGAUGUGUCUAAUUACAUAAAUAAUGCAUUUGUGUAAUUGUCUAGUAGGGGUGUGCUAAUGAAUCAAUUAUUUUUAAUUGUAGGAUGCUUGAUUGUUUCAGAAAUAUAAUUGAUUGUAAUCAAGAAUCGAUUAAAUGUUAGUAGUAAUUGUAUGUAUCAAAUUUAAUAUAUUAUUAUGGUUUAGAAACGUUUUUGAAAAAGGAAGUAUUAAAGGACUAUACUAGUGUUAUGUGUUCAUACCAUUGGGUUGAUGGAGGUGGCACUUACCGUAAUAGUGCAUGAUAAAUGAAACAUUUAUUUUCUCCUCAUCUUAGUGUUCCAAUCUCAUCUGAUCUGUGAGGAUAAACAAGGGUUUAGGCUUGCUUCAUAUUCAUAACUCUUAGCUUGCUGUAUGAAGAAGGCUUUGACAGAAACCAAGUGCCCCCAUGUGAGACUCUUUCAAAGGUGUGAGACUCUUUCAAAGGUGUGAAACUCACGGUUCUGACCACAUCACAAAAAUAGUGCUCUGCACAGCAGGGUGGUAGAGCACAAGGGGUUUGUACCAACCAGCCUUCCCCAAAUGCCCUGGCAAGCGGUCAACCCUAAAUACGCUUUCUCUUCUGAACUGUUUCUGGAUUGAAGUGUGCCAUGUGGAACUGUUAGCUUUCACUCCAAACCUGUUAUUCUUCUUCUUGCAAAUAAAACUUAAGUAAUUUUAAUUCUAGGGAACUUCAUGAACAUGUGCACAAGUUAUAAGGUUAGAAGGUUAUGGAUGAUGAAAGCAUUCAAAUGUUGACAAACUUUUGCCACAAGAAAGUGGACACCUGUCUCUGCAGUAUUUCUUUGAGUGUGAUGAGCAGUUUUCACAUUCUUAAGAAAGAGUCUGUAACAGAAUUUGAGAAUUUGGCUUACAGAAAAGGCGUUCAGUCUGCCUUCCCAUGACUGUGCUGGCUAUACAGAUACGAAGGGCAAACAACAAAGUGAAGCCAGUAUGACUCUAUAUAUAUAGUGAACUGACCAGGUAAAUGAAAAGGGUUCAUUUUAACAUAAACCUAUUUUUGGUAUCAUAUGCAGAUGUUUUGUUUAUGCUGAAAACUUUUUUAGCCUUUGAAAAAGGGCCAAUUUUAAGCCUAGUAUUGUGGAUAGGAGAGUGGCUUAUCCAUUAAUUGCAUAGACCACAUGUACUGUUCAUGUUUCCAUGGGUUUGUGUGCCCUGCUCAACAUGUGUGACCAACUUGUGUGCCCAGGGAAAGCUGAAAUCUGCACUGAAGAGUAGGUAAAGCACAGAGCUCCCUGCUGAGGGAACCUGUGUAAGGACCUGUGAUCUACUACUGCAGUUCCAUGAGAAGAAACAUUUUUUUGGGAAGUGUGCAAAAUAUGUAGAUAGUAAAUAUAGAGUGCCAUCUACUGACAUGUAAGGGGAGAACAUAUAUGUGGCAUUGUCCAGAAAUGUGCCGAGUCAAUAAAGUUGUUGUUAUGCUCCAAAUGGCCUCCUGACUGUAGAUGCAAGUGUGAGUCUAGUCUGGGCUUGUCUUUCCCCUGUAGGGAUCAGUUGAGCUGCCUGAUGUGGUCUUGGUAUUUCUAAAAGCUUGUCCUUGUAACCAAAAGUCCAAGAUUGAUCAGCAAAAUUUCAACAGGAAGGAGGUGGUUUGUUUUUGUUAUGUUGUUUUGGUUUUUAGUAUUAUUAUUAUUAUUAUUGUUUUAAAAUCAGGUUGGGAAGAGUCUAAAGUGGUUAUUCUUUGCCUGAUGUCACUGGAAACCUGGCGUAACUUGUGCCUUGUCCUUAGGUCACUUGCUGGAUGGGCUGUGGAGGAGCUGCAGAAGAAGUGGGAAGCUGAGUCACCUCCCCCUUGUUUUUUUUCCUCCGGAAAUUGAGUGUUGAAUUAUCAUUUGACUACAGAAAAGUGCUCUAUCAGAAAAUAUCUGACUAUCAUUAUAAAUUGCUCCAUACUUUGACAAAGAUAAAUUAUCAGAAUUAUUUGCUUUCCUGCCUGUGGGGGCUAAUUAUUUGAGUAGUGAGUUUCUGAGCUUGAGGAUGAAGAGAAUAAUUGACCUUUUUUUCUUUCUCUUUCUAGCACUGUUUUCUGAAUGUAAAUGGUGUGUGUGAAAAAUAUAACACAGUAAAGAAAAAAUUUCAGGCUUCCCUCCCGAGAACAUCAGCUUGCUGCUCAGAAAAGUUUAAAAAGACAAAUGAAACAUUAGGAAAUAUUAGACUAGGAGUGAAGAGCAAAACAAUGAACCUCAUUAUUCCAGUGUAUAAAUCUAUGGUGAAUCGUAUCUGGAAUGCUACACACAGCUUUGGUCUCUCUGCUUCAAAAGAAAUGUUACACAGGCUAGAGAAGGGUAACAAAGAUGAUCAGGAGUUAAGAAGCUGCUGCUGCUGCACUCAAGAAGGUUCUACAAAAAAACACAGAAGGGAGAAAAUGGUUGUUCUCCACUACUCAGGAGAACUGAGAAACAACAACAACAAAGUUCACGUGCACGUAUAAAGUUGUGGAACUUGGUGCCAGAGUGUGAUCGGAGAGCCAGAAUAAUGGAAUUAAUGAAGAAAUCAUGAGUACUGUGGCUGUUAAAAGUUGCUGCAGUUGCAGCCUUUGGCUUAGAAAGCCCUUUCUCUUCUAAUUUGAGGCAAUCAACACUGCAUACCCAGGAGGCAUCACUUUCUUUUCAUCUCAUUUCCUAUGUUUUCCUUUAAUUAUGGCCUAUUGGACCUAGAAGGAGAUAGAUUAUUAAACCAGGUGGGUUUUUAGUCUAAGCUAAACCAGCAGGAGCCAGAAGAUAGGAACUCCCCUCUUACCAUGUGCCUACACAGUCGUGCCCUGUUUUCUAUCUGCUCUUUCAUUGUCCCAAAGAAUUUAACAAUUUUCGCACAGGUGCCACUGGGUGUCAUUUGGGUGGCUGGUGGGCUCUGCUCAGGGUCUCCUUCAGAAAGGGAUGGAGUUGUGUUAAAACCACGAUUCCUGACUCCACUUUGUAACACAGAUACCUAAAGUAACUAGGGACUGCAGAGCAAAUCUCUCAGAUUCCCAAGUUGUUUAUUGGCUCUUUCCCUUAAUUAUGAACCAAAGACAAUAUUCUUCAAUUCAUCUGUAAAUAUCUCUUGAGGCUACUUGUCAAGAGAAUUUCUUCUGGCUUUUCAAACUCAAGUGAACUAUUCUGAUUAUAAGAUAACAUAAACAUGUCACUAAUCAUGUGAACAUGUUUGUAUUGUAAGCAUGCUACGUAAUUUCCAUUAGAUGUUUGAAAUGGAAAAUAAGGUAGAAAAAUUCCAAACUUCUGCAGUUGAAACCCAUCUUGGUGUCCUCAGCUUCUUCCCAGGGACCUGCCUGCCUUUCAGAUGUUCUACACCAGCUCCCACAUUUCCAUAAAAGCCUUGGUCGUCAAAGCAAUUUUCCUUGUUUAUAAUUUUAACCGUAUUAUUUGCCUCAGUGAAUGUCACCAUUAGCCCACAUGGACAAAUAACCUUCAAAGGAUUAAGUAACUCUUUCUGUCUCCUUUGUUGCUUGCUUUCCUUCAGUAAUUCUUUACCACUGAGGUGAUGCCAAAGAACACCCAUUGGGGAACAAUAUGUAUGUACCAUCUUCAAGUAUACAAAGAAGGAAAACAAACAAACAAAACAAAACAGAGAAAGGUCUUCAUUCCAGUCAGUUGUCAAACCUAGCAACUGUGCCAGCUUCAGUUACCAGUUCUGUAAUCUCUUUGCUUCCUACAGUAUAAAAAUGCUUGUCACAAACCUUGUUAGUAGGUUCCUCCUGUGGUUUUAAUACCCACAUUUAAUUUCUGGGACCAUUCUUUUGAAUUUUUGUGCUGUUUGCAUCCAAGCUGGUGUCAGAAUGUCUGUUGAGGAUGGUUUCCCUGAAGAAGGCUCUCUGGAAGGGUAUUAGUGUCCUGAUGCAGCUGAAUCUUACAAGCUUGCAUCUGGAGAUGGGAAUGUUGCACCCAUGUUCUUCUGGGUUUUUUGUUUGUUAUGUGACAAACAAGUGCAUGUCUAGUGUGAAGAAAUGUUCUUAAGCAAACUUAAUUCCGUGUGAUUGAAUUAAUUUGCUUUAGAAUGGUACUUGGACUAGAAAUCUCAGUCCUUGCAGUGCUACACCACUAGUCCAGGAGGUCACACUUUGGCAAACACAGAGCUCAUGCAUUUCUUUCAGUGAUAAUACUGUCAACUCCAAUUUACAGCAGUGUGGCUUAACACAGAGCUUACCAAUAAUUUGUAGUGAUCAGAAGAUCAAUGAGAUGCAGUGUUUGUGUUCUGAAUGUACAAGUAAGGGUUAAGUGGCCUCCUGGGGGCUCCUUUCUUCUCUUUGGCUGCAACAACUUAGAGUCCUCAAAGUUGAAGCUGUAAUUCAUUGAUGUAAUUUUAAUUUUAGGAUGUAAAACCCCAAACGCUUGGUGUUUUUAAAGUCAGCAAUUCAUGAAAGUAAAAUCAGGGUACUGUGUCAUUGAUGGAAUUUUAUCUCCUUUUUAACCAUACAAAUGUAAGCAAGCCCUGGCUAAUGGGCUCUGUUGUCAGCAGCAGCGUGCUCUGACACAGCGGUGCGGUUGGGUAGCAAUCUUUCUUAAGGGCUCUCUUUUCCCCAUGGGGUGACCUCUUUCCUGGCUCAUUGAGAUAAAUUCUUGACCUGAUCUGAUGGAGGUGGAAACUGAGCAGCAGUUUUAAAAUCAGUAGUCUCCACAUGAGCGCUGUGUCUAGCACAUAUUGUGCCUUUAAAAAUGAAAUAAAUGCCCUCUCUGCACCCAAAAUCCAGCCAUCGCUUUGGCAUCUUCUGGCACAGAGGCAUUUAAUGCAAACUGUUUAAUUAAAGUGAUGUUUUUUCCUCCCCGUAUCUAAUUUUUAUGUAUGCAACACUGAACUUUUCUCAAAAAAAACCCACUUACUCAAAGCAGGAAGGCAUUAAGAAUAAAUUCCUGAGAGCUCUAGUGAGAAGCAUGUCGUGUGAAAUCACGGAGGAAAAAGAACCAGCAGCUGUUACUGUGUUACUAGGAGAAAAACCCUUUCAAUACCCUUUUAAUAAACCUGAAAUCUGUUCUUUUAUGUUGUCAUCUACUGCAGCUCUCUCAGAAGGAAAUAUUUGAGAUCUGAGAUUGGACACUUGAUGUAAAGCCACUUCUGAUUUAGAAGUGGGAAAAGAAGUGUAUUAGAAAAUAAGAAUUCGUCUGACAAGAAAUGUGAAUUACCUAUAAUACUUGUUGCUAGUCAUAGUCCUGUUGAUUGGUCAAUGUAUAUGAGAUUUUUCCACUGUAUUACAAGAUCAAUCUAGAUUUUGGCAUAUAUACAAAUUCACAUUAUGUUUACCUUUCAUGCAUAUCAAAUACACGUGUUAAUGUAUGUGUUCUUAAAAGAAACCAUACAUCAACUGCAAUUUGUAGCAUAAAAGCAAUACAAAGACAUUCUUAUCCUUUAGAUUUUGUUAGUUAAGCAUGGUUAUGAAAGCCAAAACAGCUUCACAUUUAAAAUUAGCAAAUUUCUAAGAUUUAGGACUUUGUCAGGAAUUGACAAGUUAUUUUUGCCCCACACAAAUGACAAGUAGGUACAGAACAGUUAGGGUAAAUUUGGUAGGUUAUUGCUCAGAAUUCAGUAUCUCCUAAACUCUGGUUAGUACAGGCUCUGGAUACAUGAAUUUUAUUCAUAUUCCUAAACUGAGUCAUAUAGGCAUGAGUUAUUUGAGGUGGCAUUGCAAUUUUUCCCUAGCUACUUAAUACCUGUUUAGAAGAAAUCUAUUCAGAUUCUGCUCUCACUGCUGGAGAAAGCUGGCAGGUUAAUCCACUUUGCUUACUUUGCAGUUAUUUAAAUUUAUUCUUUUGGGGAGGAUAUUUUCAGAAACUUGGCCUCAAAUUGCUAAAAGUGCACUUCUGGAGUUCUUAUCGUUGUUUCUUCUGUCUAGGAAGUGACAGUAUAGAGGGUUCUUUUGCUUCCACGUUGCAUUUUAAGGUUCAGGUAGCAAAUGGCCUGAGCAGAGCAGGAUGGUCUCGGCCAUCACGGCCAGGACACACAGCUUGCCUACUCAGGGCUCUCUGCGUUCAGCAUUUCUGAGUCUUUUCCCAUCUCUGCCAUUUGCUGUGCUGACUGUUUUCAAGUGCAUAACUGCUCCCAGUAGCCUGUAAUUGCAAGGUCAGUCUAAGGUGAAGCUGUGCCUUGUUUAGGGAAAGACAUGAACAGUCUGUUUAGGCCAUAUGUUGUUGCCUUGUCCUUUUCUUGAAACCUUUGGGUAGCUCAGCCUGUUACGUACAAUGAUUAGGAGCAUCAAAAUCUAUCGGAGUACAUGACUGGGGCCAGCUUAGCUUCAGUGUAAUUGGCAGCUUUGUGGAGUCUGUGCUUGAGUCCUAGAUGGGCAUAGUAAGAAAUGGUAUUUUAUCUGAUGCGUGAUAUCAGAUAUCUGAUCUGAUAUUUGAUUUUGAGGAUGAGCUACUCUGUGUUCCUUGAUUUUUUUUCCUUGCUAUCCUCUGCACUUUUUGUUGCAGAGAAUGAAACCUAUAGCAUCACUUUUCCCAUUAUGCCUGGAUUUGACUGCACUAUAUCAACCAACAGCUACUGGCUGGAGGAAGCUUUUAAAUUUUAUUUUAUUUUAUUUUUUUUUUUUAAGAAUUGAGACUUUCUUUGCCAUGAAUGCAAAAACAAGAAAAGGGUCAAACUAUGUAAGGAUGCUUCUUUGACAAGCAACUUGCUUACGGCCUUCCAUUGAUGUUCAGUCUAGACAUUCACUCUAACUAUUAAUUUGGUUAGAAACACUUAGGGACAGGGAUCUAUUAUUUCCUCACUGAAAAAAAGGCACAGGCUAAAGCUUUGUUUUAAAACCAGUUAUGGUUGCUAAGUAACAGUGUUCCCUAAAUUGAGUGUCUUCCUCAACAACUAAUCCUAAAGUCUUAAAAAAUGAGAAAUUAAAGACAUGAUAAACCUUCCUCUGUCCAUGUGAUUAACAGAUAUUUUGAUUUAAACCUUGGUCCCAGUGUUGUAGGUGGAGAAAGCUUCCACUGGCUCAGUGACAUUAAUAUUUUUCCCCUGGUUCUUGUCCAGAGUAGAGAAAUUUGUAGCAUAACAUACCUACAUGGCAAAUUCUGUUUUUUUAAUGAACUAAUUACUAGAAUUUCCCAAGUUUCCUUCACCUUCUUACAUUGGUAGUGGUGUUUUGUUUUGCUUUUGAUGGAGAUGAAGAAAUAUUUUAAAACAAACAUAGGAAUGAAAUCAGAUAUUGUCGUUAAAUCAAAAGGAGAAUGUUUCAGGCUCAGCUAAUGAUGGCUCUUUCCAUCAGCACAUAUGUUCUGUUCCCCAGUGCGUUAUGUUUGUUACAUGGGUGUAAUGCAGCUCUGCGUUUCCCCACAAUUCUCACAAAAGGACAGGAAAGCAGAUUUAGGUGUUAGGUGGAGGGCUAGAAGCACGUCUUUCUGCUUUCACAGCCAGUGUUUUAUACUGCAAGUCACAGCACCUCUUGGUCAAGUCAAUAAAUCUCUUGCAGUGCAGAGCUACCCAGGGUAACAACAUCUGGGUUGGUACCAGGGAUAGAAGUGGAACAGGCAUGUCAGUGUGGCCCUGUGCUCAGCUGCCCCAGCUCUGCUGGAGGAGGUUCAGCAGCUCCAGUGAAGUGCUGCACUAAUGCUUUUGGAGCAUCACCCGAGUGACGCUGUGCUGGACAAAGUAAAUGGACAUGGUCGGGCAUUUACUUGGAUGUUUAAGCAUUAUCCACUCACAUUUGUAGAUGUGCCUCCCAGUAAUUUUAUUGGUGAACUUCUUAGUUACACCAUAUGGUUUCUAUCUAUUUCUCUCUCAUUGGAAGAUCUUCCAGCUAUUGACAGCUUAUAGAAGUUGGUAAAUAUUAUUGCAGUUGUAACUACUUUUAUGUUUUUCUGGAAAACUUUGGGGACAUUAUUAGACCUUGCAAACUGACUUACAAUGUUAAUUUCUCACUAAAAUAUGUAGGAAGCGAGUUCCUCAAGUCUCUCAAUAUGGUUACAUUUCUUCUGUUUUCAAAUGUAAAUACAAGAAUGGUAGCGAUGCUCACAUUCACAAGAUUAUUGUUUUGUGUCUUUGCAAUUACCUAGAAAAGAGAGCAAAGUUAGCAUUUUAAGCAUACCAUUUCCCAAACACUUAGUACUUCAGGCACCUGGGCCUGGUGCCCUGAGGGAUUUUUUGCAUUUGACAUCGAGAUUUUGUGUUUGGCCUCCACAUGUUGUCCAUCCUGUCCCUGUUGCGCUGUGCUCUUAGAUGUGCUUGGUCCUUUAGCUGUCACAUUUGAGCUGUUCCAAACUCCCGUCUGGAGACUGACCAGUUAGAGUGUGUGUUGCUGAAUGGGACAUCUGUGCAAAGCUGCACUCUCAGCUGAAGAGCUCCUGGUUCUUCUGCAGUUGCCAAAUAUAGGGGAAUAGGUAACCUGUGUUUCUGAAUUACUAUACAGCUUAUCCUUGGUGCCAUCUCAAGGCAUAUCAAGGAUAAGAGGGUUAUUAGGGGCAGUCAGCAUGGCUUUACCAAGGGUAAGUCAUGCUUGACCAACCUCAUAGCCUUUUAUGAGAAUGUAACAAGGUGGAUGGAUGAUGGCAGAGCGGUGGAUGUGGUCUACCUUGACUUCGGUAAAGCCUUUGACACAGUCUCCCACAGCAUCCUCACAGCUAAGUUGAGGAGGUCUAGUCUAGACAAUAGAGUAGUGAGGUGGGUUGCAAACUGGCUUAAGGAGAGAAACCAGAGAGUGGUAGUCAAUGGUGCGGAGUCUAGUUGGAGGCCAGUAUCUAGUGGAGUGCCUCAGGGGUCAGUACUGGGGCCAAUAUUAUUCAAUAUAUUCAUUAACAAUUUGGACGAGGGAAUAGAGUGUCCUAUCAGCAAGUUUGCUGAUGACACUAAGCUGGGAGGAGUGGCUGACACGCCAGAAGGCUGUGCUGCCAUCCAGCGGGACCUGGACAGGCUGGAGAGUUGGGCGGGGAAUAACCUGAUGAAAUUUAACAAGGGAAAGUGUAGAGUCCUGCAUCUGGGCAGGAACAACCCCAGGUUCCAGUAUAGGUUGGGAAAUUACAUAUUAGAGAGCAGUGUAGGGGAAAGGGACCUGGGGAUCUUGGUGGACAACAGGAUGACCAUGAGCCAGCACUGUGCCCUUGUGGCCAGGAAGGCCAAUGGCAUCCUGGGGUGUGUUAGAAGGGGGUGGUUAGUAGAUUGAGAGAGGUCCUCCUUCCCCUCUACUCUGCCCUGGUGAGACCACAUCUGGAAUAUUGUGUCCAGUUCUGGGCCCCUCAGUUCAAGAAGGACAGGGAACUGCUGGAGAGGGUCCAGCGUAGGGCAACGAAGAUGAUUAAGGGAGUGGAGCAUCUCCCUUAUGAAGAAAGGCUGAGGGAGCUGGGGCUCUUUAGUUUGGAGAAGAGGAGACUGAGGGGUGACCUUAUUAAUGUUUAUAAAUAUAUAAAGGGUGAGUGCCACGAGGGUGGAGCCAGGCUCUUCUUGGUGGCCAACAAUGAUAGGACAAGGGGUAAUGGGAUCAAGCUGGAACACAAGAGGUUCCACUUAAAUUUGAGAAAAAACUUCUCAGUGAGGGUGACAGAGCACUGGAACAGGCUGCCCAGGGAGGUUGUGGAGUCUCCUUCUCUGGAGACAUUCAAAACCCGCCUGGACAUGUUCCUGUGUGACCUCACCUAGGCGUUCCUGCUCCAGCAGGGGGAUUGGACUAGAUGAUCUUUUGAGGUCCCUUCUAAUCCCAAACAUACUGUGAAACUGUGUUUUAGUGGAAGGGUCUAAGUGCGGGGAAUCCCGCUCCACCCCCUCCCAGGAAAUGGGUUAGUGCCCAGAACAUCAUUAGAGACAGGAAAAUGGGAAGUUCAUGCAACUGCAUUGUAAAACAGGGACUAUUAAGUUAUCUUCCUCUCUCUUUAGAUUUAAGUCACUGAAGGUUGUUUUGUCCUUGUCUGUCUAAAUGUAAACUCCUUGCAGGCAGCUUAUUUUUUAAAACAAAGCAAAACUACAGUAAAACUAGAUCCUCUUUGUGUUUUGCUCAGUAACAAACUGAGAAAAUCCUGUCUGGUCAUUGUAAACUGUGUGUUUCUUCAGAGGUUUAUUUUUUUUGUUCAUGUUAGGAUCUAUUUAAAGCAUUUUCAUGCUUUUUAGCCAUCUAGCCAAGUGAUUCAGACUGUUUGUAGCAGUAACCAGCUCCCUCGUUACUCACUGCUUCAUGAAUCUUUGUCAACUAAAACAUUUAACCACCAAAUGUUUUCUGUUCUCAUUCAAAAAUAUUCUCAGAUCAUCAAUUAAAUAUAUUGAUGAGAAUUAGACCAAAAUGAUCUUUGAGGAGCUUCAGUGUUUAGUUGCCCAGUUCAUUAAUAUUUUCCCAGUCACUUUGAUUUCAGAUAUGCCGGUGAAGUACUUUUUGAUACAUUUAAUGAGCGUUGUUACUUCUGUACAUUGCCAUCUUUAAAAUGGUAGGAUUUUAAAAUCAAGAUGUCACUCAGUACUAAGAUUUUUUUUUUGUAUAGUCCGAGUACUUUAUCAAUAGAAAUGUUUUUAACAUCCAGACUUGUAUCCUGUCAAAGAAGGUUAGUGAUUUAUUUGAGAAGACCUAGUUACCAUGGCACUUGUUGACAGAAAUGGUUUGAUUUUUUUUUUUUAGCGUUUAUUUCUUUGUUGACAGUGCCUAUUUUUGAAUGAUCUAUUUAGCUAUCUUAGAAGUUCUAAACCCUUAUCAGCACCACCCCCCUCUCUUUUUUACUUUUUAAAAAACUCAUAUGGAACCACAUUUCCCUUUCUGUAAUCAUGUAGAAAUAAUCUGUUUUAUCAAAAGAUUUAUCACUAAUUAACAAAAUUUGUGAAGUCCCGAAUCCUUUAAAAAAUAAUAAAUUGUACUGUUAUUAUUUUUGCUUUCUCUCA